GGAAGUCUCCGUGUUAUCCGGGUUGGCUUGACACGGGUGUAUCGUUCAGACAGACGGGCGGUAACGGCACCAGUCGACGGCGACUCUCUCUCUCUCUGCUGCAGUUUAACUUGUUUAACAAUAUAUUUUCCCGUGUUGUUUACCGGCGCUGUUUACCAUCAACAUGUCGCACACCGUCAUCACGACAACGACAACAACGACCAGGGCGUCCGGUGACGGUGUGGUGAACAUGGGCUACACCCGGACCAUCCCGGGACUGCUGAAGACGGGGCAGAUGCUCGCCCUGCUCGUCGCCUUCCUGUGCGUCCACCUCGCCCGGGGUUGGCCCAGCUGGGCGGCCUUCCAGUACUUUGAGGUGGUGACGCUGUGGUUCCUCAUCGCCCUCCUCAUCUUCUUCCUCAUGCACCUGUUCAUGCUGCAGGAAAAGAUGCCCUGCAUCAACUGGAUGCUGACGGAGUUCUUUCAUUACUCUGUCGGGACCGUCCUCAUCUUCAUCGCCUCCAUCGUCGCCGCUGUGAAGGCUGGAGGAGUUUCGGCGCUGGUGGCCGGAUCGGUGUUUGGCUUCAUAGCGACGUUCCUGAUGGCCAUAAGUUUGUGGACGUCUUACAGCGUGACCUGUGGCUCUCAUCAGACCGGUGCAGCCGUGUAAUAAGCGAUCCGUCGUGAAGGAACCAGAUGUUGGCAGUUUGCUGUGUCCUGGUUAAUUUUCUGCCUAGCGACCACCUGGAUAAAUAUACAAAUAUAAUUCUUACUGCAGAGGUAAUGGAACAUCUGAUCCAGGACCAGCCGUCGUUUUCAACAAUCUGAAACGUAAAUAUCCCUGAUCAUCACAGUAACAACCCGAACGGGCCGCCAUUACAGUAUUACUCAUUUAUCAUUGACCUCUAAAGUCACAUUUUCAUGUUAAAGGUGCUCAGUGUCACAUUUUAACCAUCAAUUUAUCAGUAACACAUUUAGUAGAAUCAACAAAUGACUCUGCGGUGCAAACAAUCAGUCACCUGAUGUUGUUGUCACGACUACAUUUCCCAUCAUCCCCGCCGCUUCCCUCCCUGACUUUCCCUCCCCCGAAAAGGUUGACAUUUUGGUUUUUACAAGUUUUUCCCAACCUUCCACCAUCUGCUAUCAAAGUUUUUUCAGAAAAGUUGAAGCUGUGUUUGCUCUAAAAGAACAGCGCCCUCUUCCUGUUGUGUACCAAAAAGACAUCCAGACAAUUUCCCUCUGAAAUCUCACAAGUCUAAGUGCAGCCACGGUCCUGCGUCUGUGUCGCCUUUGUUGCAUUUGCUUGAUUUGCUUGAUUCGUGAUCAAAUGUCUCAUCCAUUCCAACUUUUUUUUUUAUUCUACUUAGAAAAUUCCUCAAGCUCCGUAAAAGCAGUCUGGACCACUGAUGUAUUAAAGUCUUUAAAAUCACUUUUCUUAAAUCCCCAGCAAUGAAAUUAUGCACAGUUUAGCCCUGUUAGCCUGCUAUGCUAAUUUUUGCUAGCACACUAAAAUAUUAAUGUGCAAAUAUUGUCAUUAUUCUAGGGUGCUAACAAACAGUAACAAGCUAAUGUUUUACAUAAAAUAACUUGCAUGCUAAUGACUUUGUUAGCAUGUUAAAACAAUACUCAGGGGCUAAUACGUAUGUGUGCUAAAAAAAAAGAAUAGCAUGCUAAGAAUUUAUGUGAAUUGAAGCAAUGAAAAAGGAAACAUUAGCAUGCUAACAAUGCAAACAAACAAAAACCAAGAAAAAAUUGCUGCAUCUUACUGUAAUUAAAAGAUAAGUCUGGUGAUAAUAAAUGUUUUUGUUAUUGUCAACAAAUCCAAUGUGCAGAACCAAACCAAUAAUGAACUGAUCUACUAACAAGUAUGCCCCAAACACUCACUACAGCACCACAUGUGGAUUCAUCCGCCGCUGGAAAUAGUCCCCAACAGAUGCACUGUUUCCUCCUGUUAGUCUGAUAAAAACUACAGCAAGCAGCUGUUUGAGGAAACUACUGAGCCUUUUUAAACAGGAAACUAUCUGUGAGGUGUUUUUAAAGAUCUUCAGCAGGAACCAACGGGCUCGCAGCUGAGAGCUGCAGACAGGAAGUCAGACGGUACUGAGAGACGGACUAACAUGUUGUUGGUUUGGAUCUGCACAUGGGAUUUGUUGACAACAGGAAAAAUGUAGAAUAGCACCAGUGAUAUCCUUCAAACAGUAAUUUCACUACUGUUUUAAAAAGAAUGUGCCACUGAUUUGAGAUAUUAAUGGUAAAAUUAACUUUUACUAAAGUGAACUAAACCUUCCUUUGUCUGGGUGGGAAAGUAACUCCCGUGACAUCAGCUUCCCACAGUUAGAGUUCAGAGAACAGCCGCACUGUCUGAUGUGGAAAUCAAUUUGCUGUUAACUUCAGCAGCCAUAACUUCAGUAUCAAAGGACUCUGUGCAGCGUUUAUUACAGUUUCACUACAAUACGCUGUCUAGUUUUUCUCAGACACGACCCGUACGACUGUCCUUGGUGCUUUUAAAAACACAAACUCAAUUGAAUUUAAAAUCUGAAUUUCAGUAACAGUUUUAAAUGAUGCAGUGCCCACAUUAAACUGAAAUGAUUCUGACUUCUAUGGAGCCUGCCAGGGGUUCAUAUGGUAGAGAAAACCACUGGUGUGGAACUCUGUUUACACGGAUUAAUAAAUGUAACGCAUAUAUUAAGAAAACGUGCACAGAUUAAUAAAGCGUACAAUAAAACGAAUUAUAAACUAAUAAUAAAACAGAUAUUAUGAAUUAUUAUGAAUCGAUACACAUGGAUAAAUGAAAUGUAUGCACGGAUUAGAAACAUUUAUGCACGGAUUCUAAAUCAUGUAUGGAUUAAAAAAAUAUACGCAUGGAUUAGUAAAGGUAUGUACGGAUUGAUAGAAGUCACACAUGGAUUAUAGAAACGUAUGAAUAAAAUGUACAAACGGAUAAAACGUAUGCAUGAGUUAAUAAAACAUUUGUACUGAUUAAUAAAACCUACACAUGGAAUAAUAAAUGCACAUAUGGAUGAAUAAUCUGUAUACGAACACAUGGAUUUAUAAAACAUACGUACGAAUUAAUAAAAUGUGCCCAUUGAUAUUAUUAAAAUGUACUUAGGGAUUAAUUUAAAGGGAUCAGGGAUUGUAUAAACAGAUUAUAAAAACAUGCAUGGAUUAAUAAAAUGUACGCACAGAUUAAUAAACUAAGCUUUUGAAAUUAUGAAACAAGACUUCUGGAUUAUGCAUCUGGCAUUCAGAUUAAAAGCAGGCAAAUGUAAUUGUUUAGAAAAAGCUUUAAUGCAGAAUUUAAUUCUCACAGCCGCUGAAUGAAAGCACAGACUGAUAACUGGCAUCAGGAAAAUAGUGAAAAUACUAUAAAUAUCCAGUUUUCUGCACUUAAUAGAAAACAAUAAGUCACAACAUGUUAGCCAUAGUACAAUUCUCUUUGACUCUUAAAGCACAAGAUAUAUGUGGCCUGAAUUUUAUCCUUGCAUGUUGUAGUAUUUUCACUAUUUGUCUGACUUUAAUUAUUAAUCUGUGCUUUCCUUUAGUGAUUGUAAACAUUUUAGUAAUCUGUGUGCACAGAUUUCCACAUCAUAUGGCCGCCAGCUCCGUAGUUUUCUGUGCCAUUGAACAGAAGUCACCUGUGGCUAGCAGUAGUGGAUUAAAAUGCAGUUUGUCUUCUGGUUCUGCAAACAUUUCUGAUGGACUGAACAUUCACCUGAAGCAAAGUGGUAAAGUGCACUGUUACUGAUAAUAUCAGUAAUCUUGCUUGUUAGCCAAGAUAACCUUUUUUAUUGGUUUUCUCUGAACUGUAUUGCCAUUGUGUUGUUUUUGCCAACAGUAGCUAACUAGUUUUGCUAGAUUCAAUAUAUAUAUAUAUAUAUAAUAGUUUUACUUUACGGUAAAAGUAAAGCCUCAUUAACUGUGAAAGAAGAUACAAGUUUGAUAGGGAGGAACGAUAAAGUAGUGGCACACCUCCGUCAAAACUACCCUUGCUAACCACAGCAUUGUUGUGUAUGAAUGAAGUAAGACAACCUUGAACCACAGAAAUAUUAUGAGUGUGUUAAUUAUGUGCUAGCAUUAGCUAACAAGCUAAUUCUGGACUAACGUGGCCCCAUUGUUGAUAAUCAACGCAAUCUUACUUUUUAGCCAGAAUAACCUUUUCUCUUCAUUUGCUUUCAAUGGAAUUACCGUUACAGACAAUUAUAUAGACUUAGAUAAUACAAAUGUACGUAUAUAAGUCAGCAUGUUAGCUAGCUUGCUGACCUUUUAACACACAGAAGUCAGUGCCAUUUAUAUUUACAUUUUUACCAGAGUUCUUUUUAAGUCAUUCAAGUUUACCAGUUAGCUAAACUAUGGAAAGUUAUGGGGAAAAAGCCAAUUGACUCUUUUUAACCAAUCAUAUUAUUUCUGCUGCUGGAGUGGUUCUGCCUCUGAGAAAUGUUUGUAGAAUUAAAAAUCAAAUUUGCUGUUUAACUCUGGGUGCUGGAAGACAGAGGGUGUGGUCUGUGAUUUAGUGGGAACGUUUCCUGCCAUUUCUUGUUACAAAACUCUUGAUGAUGUGAAACUGAACUCUGCUUUCAGUCAGAGACGUUAAUCCUCAGAUUACUGCCUUAAAUGUUGAUCAGAUGCCAAACAUCUUAGCGUGAUGCUUCAGAUUUUACACUGACGGUGUCCUUACAUUUCCUCUGAAGCAGCUCCGAGUACAGAAUGAAGGAUUUAUGUCUAAUUUGAUUCAAAUCGAAUGUAUCACUUUGACUAUGACCAUGUGGAAGUUUAGGUUUACUGGACAAAUUGUAAUGGAUUUACAGAUUAUUGUCUUACUUCUGGUGCAUCCCUUAAAGCCCCUACACACUGUGUGAUAACAGCUGUCCAACAGGUUAACUCCAUGUCACGCUGUGAGACAGGUAUAGUAAAAUGUUAGUUGCGUCAGUUCGUACGACAUCAGUUUUGAAGCAGUUGUAGCUUAGUGAAUUGUAGCUUUACGAUGUAAGUAGAACAAAAGUGCUAAAUUUUCGAGUUGUGAAGACCUCUACUACGAAACUGACGCGUGGAAAACCGACCUGACCCCAAUAUGCAUAAAUGAAAUUUCAAAAUAAAACAAAUCUGAUUCGACUGCUGCCGAGGAAAGUAGGACUGUCACUUUUUUUUUUUAAAUCAAGUUUUUGAGUUCGAACAAAUUAACGUAAUAUGUUCGAAGUUAAUUUGAACGCAAACCACAUAACCUAAUCCUAAACUGCGUUUAUAGAAAUGAUGUUCAUUCGCGGUGCCUCUGCUGCCUCACUUGAGUGACGAGCUAAACGUAAGUUACUGUAAGGCAAUUGCAUUUUAUAACGUUAGCCUUUUACAACGUUAGCAAACAGUAUUAGCUUAUCCACAAGUUUUCCAUCAAUGGUGUUGAAGCCAAAAUGCUUCUACAUUUAAUUUUUUAAAAAUAGUUGGGUAGCGUAAUUGUCCGUUCAUCACGGCUUGCUAGCUUACCAUAUUUUUCAUUAACAAGAGAACAACAACUAGUCUAGUUUUCUGAGAGGGUAGCAAGGCAUCAGUAGAUCAGAUCGUCAUUUUACGAAUCAACCCGCAGGAGUACAAGCCACGCCCUGCUGGCAAUACAAGGGGACCUUACGAAACCAGUUCAGACUGAAUAUAAUUUGGAAACAGGUCCUGGGUCGGGUCUUGUUUAUUCGGUACUGAGUGGACCCGUGAACACCUCUCUUGGGUAUAGCAGCUUUCACAUUGCGAAGUUGAGUCCUAUGUUUCUGAAACGGUCCACAAAGCUCUUAAUCGGCGGCUAAAGUUGGUGGACUUGUCUCGCAGUGUGACGCAGGAGCUCCAUUUUACCACGUCUCUCACAGGUUGUCAACUUCGCACAGUGUAUAGGGCUCUUGACAGUGUAACACCCUGUUAUAGUCACAACUAUUCAAAAGCUGUUUUCUACAAAGUACAACAUUGCUGCAUUUCACUUUCAGAUAUUGUUUUUAAGUUUCUGUGAUGGUCCAAGAUGUUCACAUUUGCUGUGUAUUUGCUGCUUCACCGUUUUGUAUUUUAUUUUUGGUCUGGACCAGUUUGACAUAUGAAAGCUUUAUUUCUAUUAUUCUAUUAGAUGCACUGAUAAAACUUAAAUGGCGAUAACAAAGUUAAAUGAUCCAAUCUGAUAUCAGCACUUGUUUAGUAUCACUGGACAAAAAUAAUUGAGAUCUUUGAGAUGUGUGCUUUGAUUUGUUUCAAGAUUUUGUAUUUCUAUUGUUGAACUUUUGAUAUACCGAGUUUUGCCAUCAGUAUCUGCCCAGUAUCCAGUUCUGGUAUCGAAUUUGGAUAUUUUUUAUUGGUGCAUCCUUUAUUUUUUGACCCUAAAGCUGGGUUUUAUAUUGCUGCCUGGAAGUUUUGUGUGGAACCGGAAUGAAUCUGUCCAUCAGUCGGAGUUUGGCCCUUUUGUGUUUUCAGAAGCAGAUUCCAGCUCUGCAGAUGACGGAGACUCUGAGCGGUAACCGUUAACAUUAGUGUUGUCAUCCACUUUUGUCCUUUUCAGAAAAUAUUCUUAACACAAACUUAUCAAAGAUUCAUUCUGGCUCCAGGCCAGACAAAACCAGACUGUUUACAUUAUUUAUUUAGCAAUUAUGUAUUUUUUCUGAUGCUUAAUGAUGCUAUUCUCACUGAUGCAAAGUGGCCUGAUGUAAGGCUGUUUGUCCACUGGGAGAUACAGUACACUGGUGGAUGGUCUGGUGGCUAGUAAGUGCUGAUCCUGGACCGUCAUGCGAUGUGUCGUGGUUUUGGAUGGACGCAGAACCUGGAAAAAUUGGUUUCGCAAAGAAAGUUGGGAAUACAAACUCAGGGUUUCUUUUUUGAAUGGUUUGCAUUGACUUUAAUUGAAAAGACUUUUCUCGGGCAAAUUACUUUUUUUGUUACUUUACACCUGCCUCUCAUUUUUUUUUUCUUGACCUUGAAAACAGCAGUUUCCAGGUACAUUUAGUUUCUGUUCUGGACUUCUCGAUUGUGUCACACGAUCUUCCGAUCCUUUCUUAGCAAUGGAAGGACUUCUCGUCCAUCCAGUUCAUUCUUGACGUUGAAAACAGCGGCUUACAAAACUAAAAAUCUGUCUGCUGAGAAAGAUUGUGUGAUAUGAUCGAAAGCUACUAAAUGGACCCUGAGCUGAGAUUGUUUUGUCGCCUGCUGUUUCCAAGGUCAAGAACGAACUCUGUUAAAAAACAAACAAUGAACCCCAUGAUUAGCCCUGACCGACACUGAUAGAAGAGACCUUUCUGGGUCAGAGUAAAUAUAUGUUUUUUUUGUUACUUUACAACUGUCUGACAGUGAGUGGGCAAUGAUGCAGAUGAUCGCCUUCCUCCCGGUGAGUUCGUAGUUUCAACCUCUUUCCCGUAACACAGUUCACGAACCUCUGAGUGACUGAAAUGUCCGGGUUAUGUGAGAUAUCCAUUCACGGUUCUGGAUCAGCGCUAGUAGCUAAUGAGCUAAAACAUGAAAAAACACCAGUAUUGUCCUUAAAUCAUGAUGGGCCCAGUGGAGACAGACACCCUGAUAGAUUAGAUUAUUUAGGUUUUUCUCCAAAGUGCCUUAAUGUUCUGUUGUUGUAUAGAUCGGUCUAUUAACCUGCUAUAUGCAAGCUAAUGGGCCGAUUUCGGUUUCAGCGAAGAAAGAAACUGAAGAAAAUGGAACCACAUUUAAAAUGGUGAGGUGUGUCUUAAGGUUUGUGCUGGUGGGGUGGAGAAAUGAAGUGGUUUUAUUAUGUUUUAGAAGCAAAGAUGUCCACAGUAUUAUAAGUCACAUCACAAAGAGCUCACAUGACUUACGUUGUUUUUCUACAUUUUUAAAAUGUGUUUCAACUACAAGUUGUGAUUUGUUGCAUGUUGUAAAUUAAAGGCUCAUGGCACCA